AUGGCUGAUCAAGAGGAAGACUUCUCCCAACUGCCGCUGGUGGAUCGGUUCGUGCACAAGAAUUGGAAAGCGCGCAAGGGAGGAUAUAAGGCCGCUAUCAAAGUGUUUGAACUCACGCCCGACGAGUCAGACCCCGCCUUUCGACCAUUUUUACAAGACCCGAGCCUCUGGAAGUCGGCGGCUGGGGAUUCGAAUGUUGCCGCUCAGCAAGAAGGACUCGCGGCUCUGUGCGCAUUUCUCAAAUAUGGUGGCCAACAAGCCGCCGUCAAGUCUCGGAACUAUGCACUGCAGCCGAUCUACGAGAAGGGGUUGGCAUCGACAAGACCUCAGGCCAAAGCCAGUGCCCUGGAAGCCCUGCUGCUCUAUGUCGAGCUUGACAAGUCUGAUCCCGUGAUUGAAGAGCUAUUGCCCGCCCUCUCCAACAAGCAGCCCAAGAUCGUUGCAGCAACUCUGAAUGCACUCACCUCUAUUUUCCACAACUACGGCGUUAAGAUCGUCGAACCCAAGUCUGUUCUGAAAGCUUUACCCAAGGUCUUUGGUCAUGCGGAUAAGAAUGUGAGAGCAGAAGCGCAGAAUCUCGCGGUCGAACUCUAUCGGUGGCUCAAAGAGGCCAUCAAGGUCGUAUUCUGGAGCGAACUGAAGCCAGUGCAGCAACAAGACUUGGAAAAGUUGUUUGAAAAAGUCAAGGAAGAGCCGCCGCCGAAGCAGGAACGCCUUACGAGGUCGCAGCAAGCCGCCCUCGCGACAGCAGCUCCAGCAGCCAGCGGUGCGGACGAUGAGUACGGGGAAGUGGCUGAAGAAGCAGAAGAGGAAGCCGAAUUGAAUGCAUUUGACUUUGCAGAACCGGUCGAUGUCUAUCCGAAUAUCCCCUCCAAUUUCCAGGAAAUGGUCAGCUCGACGAAGUGGAAGGAACGCAAAGACGCUCUUGAUGCACUCUUCAAUGUCCUGAACCACCCCAGAAUAAAAGAGGCACCAUUCGACGAUCUAGUCCGGGCGUGCGCAAAGUGUAUGAAGGACGCCAACAUCGCUGUGGUGACGGUGGCGGCGAACUGCGUUGAAAAGUUGGCAUUAGGUCUUAGGAAGUCCUUUGCCAGAUACAGAUCGACCAUCAUGUCGCCAAUGAUGGAGAGGUUCAAAGAAAAGAAGCAGUCUGUGGCAGAUGCCCUGGGAGCUGCUCUGGACGCCGUCUUUGCUGCAACAUCUCUUAGCGAAUGCCUUGAGGAGAUUUUGGGCUUCCUACCCAACAAAAACCCCAACGUCAAAGCCGAAACGAUAAAGUUCCUCGUCAGAUGCUUGCGGACAACCCGAGACGUGCCUUCCAAAGAGGAACAAAAACGCAUGGCCGACGCAGCCACGAAACUUUUGACUGAGUCCACCGAAAAUAUCAGAUCUGGCGGCGCUGAAAUUCUUGGGACGCUUAUGAAGAUUAUUGGUGAGCGAGCCAUGACUCCCUAUCUAGAUGGACUGGACGACAUUCGAAAAUCUAAGAUCAAGGAGUACUUCGAUGCUGCCGAAGUCAAAGCCAAAGAGAAGCCGAAGCCUGCUCCAGCUCCCGCUAAAGCGACCUCUGCCGUUGGCAAGAAAGUGGUGGGAGGUUCGAAGAAACCUGCACCUGGCACGAGAAAAGCUGCACCUGCGCCGGUCGAAGAAGCUACGCCUCUGGCACCCAAACCUACGGCAAAAGCUCUUCCUAAACCAGGGGGACUGGCGCGACCGGGCUUAGCGCAGCCUGCCGGCCUGAAACUCGGCGGGCUCAAGAAACCUGCACCUGGUGGCCUUUCAGUUGGUGUUGGAAGCCCACAGAGACGAGUCAUCUCCCCACCAGUGAGCACAGAUGGCGACGAAGAGACGACAGCAGCAGUACCGUCUCCAUCCAAGUUUGGCAUGGGCCGGGGCGGACUUGCUGGCCGACCCUUAUCCAGACCGGCAGCUGCUCCACUGUCGCCCCCAUCGACAGCACAACCCUCAAACGCCCUUUCAGUGGUAGAGCGAGCAGAGCUAGAAGAACUCCGCGCCGAAAAGGAACGACUGACAGCCUUGACUGACAGUCUUCGCAGCAGCAACGCCAAACUCACCGCCGAAAUAUCAGAACUUCAGAACCAAAACGCACAGCUGAUUGAGGAUCAUACGCGUGAUGUUCUACAGAUAAAAGCUAAGGAGACACAACUUGUCCGGGCGAGAAGCGAAUGUGAUGUUCUAAAAGCGGAGAUGGAAAGUGUCAGGAAAGAAAGCGAGCGUUAUAAGCGAGAGGUGUCUCGACUCGGCCGUGAGAGCAUUGGUCGAGAACGAGAGGACUUGAUUCGCAGCCGAGCACUGGACGAAACCUCCAGCUUUGGCAGCGACAGCGGAGCGGGAGCCAUAUAUGAAGACCCUUCAUUGAGCAACCGAUAUCCGACAAACGGAAAUGUUCAUCCACCGAGGCCCACCAGCACAGCUUUGCAUCGGACCGGAAGUUCUGCAAGCACACAAAGUGGACGUGCACAAUCGCAAUCCAACGGCGCGAAAGCGAGGCCGCAGAGCGGAUUUACGUCUCACGGUAAUCGUCUCGAUCUCAGUCCCAGCGAAGAGAAGGAAAACAACGGGCUGGGGAUCGACCCGCUCGGUGCGACGAGGAGAAAGAUCAGUCCGCCCUUGAUGUCUCACGGAACCAGUGGGAGGUCUAGCCCACAGCGACCUGGUCAUACACCUGCAUACUCUAUGAGCCGAGAAGCUAGUGACUCUGGUCUCUCGGCAGGGCCCGGAUCUAGAGAGUCUGGGAACAGACCGGAGGAGAAUUGGAAACGGGCGGCGGAAGUGACGAGCCAGUUGAAAGCGAGGAUUGAAGCUAUGAAGGCACGACAACAAGGCUUGUCACGGCAUUGA